AUGGCGAUCUUGUAUCCCCCAAGAGAAGGUAUGACUCUUGAAUACCUCUGCAGACCUGUCCAUCAUGUUUUAUUGCAACCAGUGGUCCCUGCCGCUCUACUUCUGCUGCACUUGAGAUACCCCGAGGCUUUCCAGAGAGCACUUUCGCUCAUUGCAACGAGUUCCAUCCAAUCCAAAUUUAUUAACCGAACGCUCGGGGGACUCCUCACAUUUGGUGUCCUAUACAGGUUGAACAGAUAUCUUAGCCGGCGAGUGCUGAACAACUUUGUCAAAGACCCUUCAUGGGACUGGGAACGCGAAAUCGUUCUGAUUAGUGGCGGAUCCUCUGGUAUUGGGCAGGAAAUGGUUCGGCAGUUUGGCCAACGGAACAUCAAGGUCGUGGUUCUGGACAUUAACCCUCCCAAAAUACCACUACCCAGCAGUGCCAAAUUCUACAAGACCGACGUGACCUCAUCCCAAAGUAUUCGAGAUGUCGCUGCGAGAAUCCGCGAGGAACUUGGCGACCCGACAGUGCUCAUCAACAAUGCUGGUGUCGCGAAUGGGAAAACCAUCCUUGAUGAGACAGACGAACAGCUUCAACUCACCUUCGACGUCAAUAUUCUGGCUCAUUUCAAAAUGGUCAAGGAAUUUCUGCCAGCCAUGAUCAAGAAAAAUCAUGGUCAUGUGGUAACGAUUGCGAGCUUGUCGAGCUUUGCGGCAAUCGCUGGCGUUACUAGCUACGCCGCGACCAAAGCAGGAGCACUUGCGUUCCAUGAAGGAUUGGCGCAGGAGCUGAGGGCGAGGUAUGGUGCUGAUAAAGUCCGCACAACGGUCGUGCACCCCACAUGGGUACGGACGCCCCUUUCUCGUGGAUUGGCCAAGGAAAUCGCUUCGAAGCAGUUUUUACUGGAACCUGGCACAGUGGCAGAAGCAGUUGUCUCGCAGGUGCUUAAAUGUGAAGGCGACCAGCUUAUUCUGCCAGCCCGGUUCAACUUUGUGGCAUUCAUGAGAGGCUGGCCAAGUUGGUUGCAGGAGAGCGCCCGGAGUGAUGGUGCACAGGUCAUCCAAGGAGGAGACUGA